CUUUAAUCCUAGUGCUGCUUGGACAGUCGGUAUUUUCCUGUGCCCUUAGAAGAAUCAGAUGGCUGUACCGGCAACAGCGGGGCUGGUGAGUACCUCCAGCUCGGUCAAGCAGCCCUCUCGAAUGGUUCCCCCUCCCAUCACCACCAUGGGAGCACUACGGGCACCCCUUCGCCAGAAUCACCUACGCAGGUCUAUGCCCUCCAUACUAUUCACCACCAGGAUGACCAUCAGCAAGUCAGCGAAACUGCUCAGCUGACGCAGCUCACCAAUCACAUCAGCUACACUGGCGUGGGAAUGGGAUCUCCGAAUGCAGGCGCUGCUGCCACAAUCAGGUCAGUGGCGUCUCGAGCGGGAUCUGAACAAAUAUUUGUGACUUUU